AUUUUCUGUAGCGGGUGUCAAAUGUACCUCUUCACCGGAAGAGUUCCAAUGGCGCGUGGUUUUGCUGUCGUAUUGAAACACGUGUUGUUCGUCGACAGAGCCGUCUACCGCAUCUGUUUGUAAGCUUCCAUGUCAGCACACAUCCUGUGAUUUCAGAACUACAAGCCGCCAUGAUGGAAGCUCACAGGAACUGUUGAUUCAGGAGAAGACAUCUGGAUAAUGUAGCAUCAAGAAAAACACUGCCACAGAAUUCCAUAGAGAUCAUCCGCCUGUGUUGUUGGGCAGACGGACUCGACUCGAGCAGACGGACUCCGGAAGGUGACUUGACUUCCUUCUCCGACCAGGGAUUGUAGGAUUGUGGUCUGUUGUCGGAAAUUGUCCUACUAAGUCAGUGAAUGUGUUAGUGUGGCCUGAGCUCGGACUGCGGACUGGACAACUGUCAGUUGCCGACGUGUGUGACGGAUCACAGGAAAUAGAUCCCAACACUAUUGGACUAUACUGCAUUACAUUCAACAGAAGGACGUGGAGAGGCUAGCUUCACACUGGCACUGGUGUGAUAGUUCUGUGGGAAAUAUAACGGGGCCACUGGAGGUGAUUUCUUUAACCUAGGAUCACAAGAGGUCUUGCUCCAGAUUGUGAUGGUCUGAGGUAAACAGGAGCGACCUGUAGUUGCGAUCUUCGUUAUCAUCGUUAGCCUGACCUGUUGGUGUCGCAAGCCGCUGCUUGAUUGGUCGCCCAGCUGCCCCUCGCUGCUAGGUCUUGAAUGUACUACUAACACAGAGGCUUAGGGAAUAACCUAAGAGACAUAACCCAGUUGCAGCAGCAGCAGCAACAGCAGCAGCAGCAGCGUGAAUAUUGUGUGUGAAUCUGUGGUACUUUUUUGUUGAUCAUCAACUUGUGUUGUCACAUUGCUUUCGCAUCUGGAAACAUUUGGAGCUGUGUUUAUGCGUGGAGAUGACUGUUUGUUUUCAGUGGAAAGAAUAUGCUGGAGAUUCCACCAGGUAAAAAUUAAAUCUCCUUAAGACCUAACAGAAUUAUCUUAUUGGUUUCCUCCAUUGCCAAGACUGAUGAAUGAUUUCAUCGUCAGUCGUAACAUAUCUCAAGUGACCAAGUUUGAAAUUCUGUGCAAGCCAACCAACAACAUGGCAUUCAUGUCAGACAACAGUGAUAGUGGGAGCGAGGACAUGAGAUAUAACGGCACCUCAAAACACAUGAACGGUAAGGAGGAAAACAGUAUAUGCAGAGACUUUCUACGGAAUGUGUGCAAAAGGGGCAAACGAUGUCGUUAUCGCCAUCCAACUAUCACCGAAGCAAAAGAUCUAGGCAAGAAACAGGAGUUCACAUUUUGCCAUGAUUUCCAGAACACUGGUUGCCGAGAGGCGUCGUGUAAGUUCUUGCAUUGUACGAGGGAGGAAGAGGAAUAUUACCUACAAACAGCACAACUACCUGUUCGACUCCAGCAGCAGGCAGCAUUAGGGGUGGGAUCAGUUGCACAUUCCCUACCCAUUCUGAAAGGAGAGGUGCCCAUUUGUAAGGAUUACUUAAAACGUGAAUGCAAACGUGGAGCGAAGUGUAAAUAUCGCCACCUUUCAGGUCAGGAAUAUGACUUUGAAAUGCGCAAAACUGACAUUAGGACACCCCGAGUUCUGCCUUUCAAUAACUAUGAAAAUGAUAGUUAUGACAGGUUCGAGUAUGGGCAUGGCCCGCUGAAAAGAAGGCGACUUGAUUCUGAAGGAUAUGGUAACUAUAUCGACGGACGCUACCCUCCACCAAUGCGCUCAUUAAGCGUCCAAAUGCUUGAAGAUGAAAAUAACAUGUUGCGGCGCAAAGUUGAAGAACUUAAGAAACAAGUCGCAGAUUUGACUGCAACAAACGAGGUCCUUCUCGAGCAAAAUGCGCGCUACCGCGUCAGCAAAUCCACAGCGAUAAUGACGCCUGCAGUGACUGUUGCUGGCACUGGGGCUACGUUGAACCACCUCAGCACAAGCUUGUCCCAGCAGAUAGCGCUGAACAGUGAAAUGGCCACCCAACAUGCGUUGCAAACAGCUCAGCGAUUCGCGCGGGAGAUGGUGCAUGCUCCAAACCAAUCGGCGCUCGCAGCCCAAUCCAUAAACCCAUCAGUGACACUGAACCCAUCCACUAUGGUGUCGCUAACGCCAGCGUCGCUGCAGCAAAACCCUCUACAAGGUGCUGGUACCAUUACACAGAGUAUUCCACAAAACUUGGCUGGCCAGAGUGCUUCUCUAGUGUCCUACCCCAUCGUGUCCCAGAGCAUUAGGGUGGCGGGGGUGCCGAGCAGUAUGGCACAUUGAAAAUGUGUGUGUACAUAGUAAGUACAUUGCAGCAUCUGCUUUUGAUUUUCUGCGCUUCAUUUGAUAGCACUUUAUUCUUUCAUCAACAAAUAAAGAUUUGUGAUAUGAAACCAGA